AUGCACCACGCUCUCUUCGUUUCGGACAUCGUCUCUCUGAUCCUCGACUGCUUUUUCUUGGACGGCGCGCUUGCGGACGAGCAGGGUGGGCCCUAUAUUGUGGAUUGCCCGACGCUGGCGUCCUGCGCGAGGACAUGUCAAGCGUUCCAUACCCCCGCUAUCAAGGGGCUCUGGAAGUAUCAUGAUCUAGAUCUCGAGACCGUUCUCUUGCACUGCAUGCCUACCGACGUAUGGGAGAUACGAAGGGAGACCUCGCCUACUAAUUCUGCCGCUGUAGUUGAUUAUAUGAUCCUCAAGCGCCCAGUCACUCCCGAAGACAUGAGUCGGCUACUCGUUAUUGCCCCGCUGAUCAACAUGCUCACCGUUGGCGAACAUCGCUCAAUAAUGCUGGCCCAGGAGUCAUAUAGUUUCAUCUCUUCGUUCUUGCCCAAGGGUGUCUCCUCCGCCAUCCAAUAUCUUCACCUUGACUACCGGUCUACCAAGCCUGAAAGUCUUCAUCCCCUCAUCACUCCUACUCUCGCUGUACACUCUCCUCACAUCUCGGACUUCGAGGUGCACCUGCCCUAUGACGAUGGCGACGGUGUUGGGAGCUCGGCCAGACGGGAGGUCUCUGACGUUCUCCGAACCUGGAGCUUGCGCCGUCUGCGAGCGGAGGGGCGCGACUACAAUCUCUUGGCAGACUUGAGCCAGUCGUCAACGAUAAAGCAUCUCGAUCUCAAGUUCCGGGACGACAGUCUGAAGCCACAAUCCGUCGACUUUCAUCCCAUGUCCUUUGCGGCGCUGCAAGAUCUGUGUCUGGACAACGUGGACAUGCGUGUGGCUAUCGCACUAUUGAAAAAGUCAAAUUUCGACACACUGUACGAGCUCUGCCUGGAUCCCGUCCAUACGGUCUCUCGAGAUUGGCCCGAACUUUACCGCACUAUAAAUUCUGCGAUCAUCCGCCCCGAGUCGAUGAUGACUCUCGUAAUCGAGCCCAGUGACAUGUCGUUGGAUCACUUGCACGAAUCAUCGGGACCGAUGACGAACAAGGACCUCAUCCCAUUCUUUCAAUUCCGAAAUCUUACCACGCUCGCCUUGCGACACCCCGGAGGCUUCGAUGUUGGCUCGUCCACCAUCGAGUGCCUAGCAGAAGCUCUACCUCAUCUGACUACCUUUGCGCUAUCAUCGAUGAAGCAGCCGCGAUGUCAGCCGAGAGCUGGGCUGCACGUGUUAGAGUCGCUCGCCAUGCACUGUCCAGAGCUGCGGUCUGUAGGGUUGACGUUGGAUGCGAGAGGAACAUCAUUUCGCAGUCCUCCACCGUCGUACAAGGGGACCGAGAUACAAUUCGAUUUUGGCAGAGAUGGGCACGAAGGAGAGGUUGAAGAAGACGACGAGUCAUCGCUGGAUGAGGAGGACGUAGAGUCUUCAGACGAUGAGAGUGAUUAGGUGAACUUCGUCUCUACAUGACGUUGGUGUCGGGACUGACUAACCUGCACACAGUAUACGGUCUCAACGUCGUUUCGAGAUGGAAUAAGUUGAAGAAAGCGUACAGCGGGAGGCGC